CGACCCCUAAAUGGCUUGAUUUCUUUAAAUCGAGCAUGAGCGCUGCGAUGUCAUGCCAGACUCAGAGCCUUUCUGCAUUUAUUGCUUCAUCUUCUUCCUGGCAUGUCCACCGACGCUCAUUUUUCUCUUCAUUGUGCCCUUCGUGACCUCAGCGAUGCCGGCGAUGACCUUGCUGCUCCCUGCACUGGGCUUCAUCGCCAGCACGGUGCUCUAUUUCUUGCCGGCAGGAGCGAAAAGAGACCGGGUGCAACUUGUGGACCAAGCAUCUGUGGGACGGGGACCAGUCCUGGGACGAAACCGUUCAGAGGUGGAAGAUGUUUCAUUGCCUGGCUUUGUGAGCGAGCAGCUCAAGGAGGGGGGACCUGUCGUCGGACGCAAGCGCACAGAGGAGAGCGACUAUGAGAGCGCCUGUGGCACGGAUUGAGACGUUUCCUUUUACUGAGCUGCACAAGUUUGGGCAGCUCAGUUUGGACUGUGCCAGGAUUUCCGGAGAACUCCUCUGGACUGUGACAGGUUGUUCGGAACCUCAUUGGCACCGUGCGGUUCUGUGCGGCCUCGGCGUUCGGCCUUGGCCUUCGAUCCACUUGACCCAGCGGGUCUCACCCUAAGGAUCUGAUCGGCUGGGUGGACGGUGGAAAAACGGACCCAUCGGCUGGUGCGAUGGGCGCCUUCGGACGUGAGAGGACGGUGGUGGCAUGCAGGUGGAACCUGACUGACUGUGGGAGG